UAAACUAAGUAAAAAAAAAAAGUGUAGCAGCACAUACAAACACAAAUUUUGUGCACCUACGAGGAAACUCACUUCCAAAGAGUUUCACCUGAAAGCUAGGUACGCACAAUCACAAUAUCUAUAAAUACCUUUCUAUGGCAUAGACAAAAUUUCUCACUAGAAAGUAACAAUAUCAAGUACCAACUAACAUUGACAUAAAUAUAUUUCGAUAAAAACUAUACUUAAUUUGCAUGAACAAUGUCUUCAAGUGGUGCUGCUAGUUCUGCAUACAGAGGAGUCCGUAAGAGAAAAUGGGGUAAAUGGGUUUCCGAAAUUCGCGAGCCCGGCACCAAAACAAGAAUCUGGUUAGGAAGUUUCGAGACACCAGAGAUGGCAGCGGCUGCAUACGACGUAGCUGCCUUGCAUUUCAGGGGACGUGAAGCCAGGCUCAAUUUCCCGGAACUUGCAAACACUCUUCCUCGUCCUCUAAGCAACAAUGCUGACCACAUUCGAAUGGCAGCACAUGAAGCCGCCUUGAGGUUGAGAGCCAACACCAACAUGUUGGCGCCACUAGAUAACAACAGUGGAACAGGCUGCUCAGCCAGUUCCACUGAUGCGGUGGCGCCUCUGAGGGUCAGACUCUCUCCAAGUCAAAUUCAAGCGAUUAACGAUUCGCCUAUGGAUUCUCCUCCUACAUGGAUGCAAAUGUCACACCCCUUUAUGAUGGAUGAUCAAAACAUGUUAUAUGGUAAUGGCUAUGAAUUUGAAGAAAAUGAAUGGGAAGACAUACAACAACACAGUGAUUCUCUAUGGGAUCCUUAACUUGGUACGUAACAUACGUAACGUAUAACGUAUGCUGAUCAUAUAAUUAAUAUACCUAUACAUCAUAUUUUCGUAUUUUAGUAUUUAAAUGUUAAUUGGAUUUUCUACUUAUACAUUUACGUAUUUAAUGUAUAAUGUACUAAUAGUUAUAACUAUUCAAUUAAUUAAGGUUGUUGAUAUAAAUAGAAGGGUUGGAUAGUGUGACACAAAAUCCACUUGACUCUUGUCUUGUUUUAUGAAAAUUAGUAGCAAGGGAUCAAAGGAAUGAGUUUGGUUAUAUUAAUUUUCUUUCUUUGAGGAUGAAAGAAACAAGUUAAGGACGGUGGUGAGGAUUGAUAAUUAUUGAUGAUCACCUCAUCAGAAUUCAGAAGUGGUUAUGGCAUAAAAUUCCAUUUGUUAUACCAUUUGUGUUGUUAGAUAAGGAAGUAUUUUUUGGAGGGACCCAUAAAUUUAACUAUUUUUGGGUAGGUGUAUGGCUAGAUUUAUUUAGAGUUUAUUUAUAAUGGGUGAUACUCAUGAUAUUUAUUUGUAUACACAAAUGGGGCACAAAGUCUGUUUUUUAUAGGCUAAGUGUGUGGUGUGAUUUAUUUUAUUAAUAUUAAAUAAAUUUUUAUUAUUAUUAAAUCAAUUAAGAUUAUUGUAUUA